AUGAUAGCCAAGGCACGAGGGGUGCACCCUCCUUCGCCGCCCUCCAACGUGAUGUGGCAAAUGCGCAAAGACGGCGGACUUAGCUUGGGCCUUGAGUUGGUGCCGGCCGACCUGCAGGCCGUUCCCAUUCGACCCCUCUGGCGACGAUACGCACGCAUUCUCCUGACCAUCAGGGACGGAGAGACGGCAGGGGUGAGGAAUGGUGUAUACAAACUCUCGUGGCGGGACUUCUACCGACUGUUCGCGCUGCUCGGGCGCCUCACGCAAACAAACAGCUCAGAGGAGCCGGAGGAGGAAAGCGAGGGCGAAUGUACCAUUUGCCUGGAACGACAUGCGGAGGUGGUGCUGGCAUGCACCCACGCUUUCUGUCAACCGUGCAUCACUUCAUGGCGAGAACGCAGCUCGACCUGUCCCAUGUGCCGGGAUGCCCUGAGCCGCAAUCCCGACGACGAGUGGGUGCUCACCGCGCCUCCCGCUGCCCUAGACCCCAACUUCCUCCUCACCCAGUUUCUUGCCCCUAUUCCCCGCACCAACUGA